AUGCCUGGCUUUCUCAAGAAGUUAGGUCUCGGCUCGACCGAGGUCAGCGAGGGUGUUGCUGUCGACGAGAUUCAUAGUUCUGGCAACUCUAGCCCCAGGGGCGAGCCAAAUGAGAAGGACAUCGGUGUCUCCUCAGCUCAUGAGCUAUCGGAAGAAGAGGCCGCCAGGCGUCUCAAAGUGUUCAAGAAAAAUGCAGACGCACUUUGGGACCCCAACCUCGAGAGUGACGAUCUUGCAGCAGUCGAUGAAGCUGUCGGACAUCAUGAUAAAGACGGCGAGAAUCAGCUUGUGGGAGACUUGCUGGAAAAUUCGCCGUACCCGGAAGUCAGAGCUGCCGUCAGAAAUUACGACGUUGAUGUACCAUGUAACACCAUUCGCAUGUGGGUGAUUGGAAUGAUCAUGACGACUAUCGGAUCUGGCCUGAACAUGCUUUUCUCCUUACGUUCGCCCUCGAUCACCAUCACCUCUUACGUGGCGCAACUUGUCGUCUAUCCUUUGGGUGUUGCAUGGCACAAAGUCAUGCCUGAUCGCCAGCACACGACUUUCGGCAUCAAGUGGAACCUCAACCCUGGUCCAUUCAACUUCAAGGAACACGCCAUGAUCGUAAUCAUGGCCAACGCUUCUUUCGGAACUGGUGUUGGAUACUUCACCGACAUCCUUCAGGCUCAGCGUGGCUUCUACAAGUUCAACUGGGGUUGGGGCUUCGGAGUUCUUGUCGCUCUGAGUACCCAAUGUGUUGGUUUCGGUCUUGCUGGUCUCUUCUCCAGAUGGCUCGUCGAGCCUGCCGCCAUGAUCUGGCCUCAAGAUCUGGUCAAUUGUGCUUUCAUGUACACUCUACAUGACAACUCGAAGACCGACCCCGCUAAGACCAAUGGCUGGCGUAUUAGCAGAUACCGCUAUUUCUUCUACGUCUUCAUGGGUUCCUUCCUGUACUACUGGUUCCCUGGUUAUAUCGCUCAGUUCUUGAGUGUGUUUGCUUUCCCUACUUGGAUCGCUCCCAACAAUAUCACAGUCAACAAAGUCUUUGGAGGCUACAGUGGUAUGGCACUUUUGCCCAUCACAUUCGAUUGGACUCAAAUCACCGGAUACGUUUUCAGUCCCUUGAUUCCUCCAUGGCACGCCAUUGGCAAUACCUUGAUCGGUCUUGUUCUCUUCUACUGGAUCACUGCAUCGGCUGUUCACUUCAGUGGAACUUGGUAUGCCGAUUAUCUGCCAUUCAGUGACUCCAGUUCCUAUGAUAAUACCGCUGGUGUCUACAACGUGUCAAGAAUUCUCACUCCUGAGAUCACCCUGGAUCUUACCAAGUACAAGGAGUACUCGCCUCUCUUCUUGUCGACUACUUUUGCUCUCUGCUAUGGUCUCUCCUUUGCUGCUAUCUCGGCUGUUGUGGUCCACACCAUUCUCUUCCAUGGAAAGUUCAUCAUCGACAGAUGGCGACGCUCUCGUGACGAGAUGCGCGAUAUCCACCAAGAGAUGAUGGACAAGUAUCCUAAAGUACCUGCUUGGUGGUUCAUUUCGUUGCUUGUUGUCUGUAUCGGACUUUCCUUUGCCACGAUCUAUGCUUAUCCCACGGAAAUGAGUUGGUGGGCACUCAUUCUUGCCUUCAUCAUCUCGUUCGUGUGGUUCGUGCCAAUUGGCCUGGUACAGGCAAUCACAAAUGUUCAGCUUGGCCUCAACGUUUUCACCGAGUUCCUUAUUGGAUACAUGCAGCCCGGAAAGCCCAACGCCAUGAUGUUGUUCAAGACCUACGGCUACAUCACCAUGACCCAAGGUCUUGCCUUUACUCAGGACAUGAAGCUCGGUCACUACCUCAAGGUUCCCCCAAGAACCAUGUUCCUCGGCCAGCUGAUCGCCACCAUCUGGUCCUGUAUCGUCCAACUUGCCGUCUUCGAAUGGGCCUUCGGUGGCGGUAUCACCGACCUAUGUGCUCUCCACCAAGUCAACCACUUCACAUGUCCCGGCGGCCGCGUUUUUUACAAUGCAAGUGUGAUCUGGGGGGUCAUCGGGCCCGCUCGUAUGUUCAGCGGUGACUCUACCUACAAGAAUCUUCAAUGGUUCUGGCUCGCCGGUGCUGCUGCCCCUGUUAUCUUCUAUUUCGCCGCCAAGCAGUGGCCCAAGUCACCCAUCCGCUUCCUCAGCGCUCCUUUGAUCUUCGGUGGUACUGGACAGAUUCCUCCUGCUACUCCCUUGAACUAUCUGUCUUGGGGUGUUGUUGGUUUCAUCUUCAACAAGUGGAUCAGAAACAGAUUCAGAGGCUGGUGGAUGCGUUUCAACUACAUCACUUCGGCUGCUUUGGACUCUGGUCUUGCUAUCUCGACUAUUCUGCUCGUGUUGACCAUCAGUUUGACCAAUACUGAUGCACCUAACUGGUGGGGCAAUGUUGGUGUCUACAACACUAUGGACUACCUGGGUACUGCCGUCGCGAAGGUCCUGCCAGAAGGCGCCACUUUUGGUCCAUCUACUUGGUAAACGAGUUGUUUAUGACUCGUUCACCAAGUCGUGAUGUGGUGAGAGGAGGAUUAUGAUGUGAUAAUGUGUUUGGGAAAUAGAUUGCUAGGAUGCAAAUUCGUAAUGUUCGAUGUAAUACACUCGC